CAGCGAGACAGAGCACUCACCAUCAGAAACAGCAUAACACUUGUCUAUUACGGGUUCAGACAAUACUUUCUGAAUGCUGAAAAUUAACAGUUAGUCUGUCAUUUCCAGCCAACACUUAUUCGACCGAGCGUUGUCUGAUUGCGUUUUUCUUGUAGUGUAAUGGAGAGAACAGACUCAUCUGGAUUUCCAAUGGCACAUGUCGAUGAGGAUUCUAGCUUAGUUGAUUUCAUGGACGAAGCCAAUAUCGAGCAGUUUAUUGCUUUAAUUAGAGUUGAAACUGCUGAUGAGCCUAACGUUAAGUUUUGUCACAAUUUUCUUGAUUGUGAUCAUAUUAAUGGUUGUACGAAUGAGCAGUUCGACCCUGGUUUUGGACUCCCGUAUGAUCAUUUCAAUGAUUCUGCUAUGACAGGCUUUUCUGAUCCGGGUUCGCUUCUGAACAAUUCUUUCCCCAACAAUUUUGAUGAGUUGAAACAAUUAGUACAGCAGGAAGAAGAUGAGGCCGAAGAAUAUUCUUCAGGUAAUAUGACAACGACUACUACGUCGACACAAACGAAGAGGAGCACCAAGGGAGAUCGAUCAAGGACUUUAAUUUCAGAACGAAGGAGAAGAAGUCGAAUGAAGGACAAGCUCUACGCAUUACGUGCUUUGGUUCCAAAUAUCACCAAGAUGGAUAAGGCCUCUAUAGUAGGAGAUGCUGCAUUAUAUGUGCAGGAGUUGCAGAUGCAGGCCAAGAAGUUAAAGGCCGAGGUUGCAAGCCUAGAGUCGUCAUUGACGGGAACGGACAAGCAAGGAGGCUUACAUGAUAAUACACAGAAGAAGCAAGUUACAAACCUUUAUCCGGUGGUAAAAAAGAUAUUGCAGAUUGAUGUGUAUCAAGUAGAAGAAAAGGGAUAUUAUGUCCGAGUGGUUUCUAACAAAGGCCAUGGAGUUGCAGCCUCGCUCUACAAAGCUCUUGAAUCCUUCUCUACUUUCACUCUCCAGUCGUCCAACUUGGCUACUCUUGAUCAUACUCUUUUAUUCACCUUCGCUCUAAACCAGGUGAGAGUAGGCGAAUUGGACAUGAAUUUGCCAAAUCUGAAACUAUGGGUAGCUGGAGCACUUCUUAACCAGGGAUUUGAUUUUAAAACAUCUCCCAUCGGUCUUGCAAACUAGUUCGGUCAUCCACCUCGUCGUCAUCUGUUUGCUUGUAGUUAUCUUCAUCAACAGUCUGUGUAUUCUGCUUAAUUUUUGUUGUGAUGCAUGGAUAUUUUGCUAUGGAUGUAACUCUUGAGAUGUAGUUUCAGCUUCCGUUGUGCAUCACUACUAGUGAUUGAGAGGAGAUCAUCCAAUCAAAUAAAAAUUUCAUUUUUAUCA